AUGGAGGAAUCCCCAGCUGCUGAUGACAAUAUCGGCUCCAGCAAGAGAAAAAGAUCUCCUGGCAAUUUGGUGGAUAUCCCCAUACCUAUCUCCUUACCCAAAAAAUUGGACAUUGCCAACCAGCUCGUCCUGAGCCACGAGCAUCCCCUACCUAAGAGGCCCCGACUACCCUCCAAGUCCCCUUCAUUGGCAGGACGUCAGCGAGGCAUCAAUGAUCUUCCGGACAGUGUGCUUCAGCAUGUCUUCUUGAGUGUUGAUCCCCGUUCCCUGGCUCACUUGGUCAGAGUCAACCAGCGCUUUCGCACCUUACUUGACUCCAGGUCUUAUCUCCCCGACAUCAGCAAGAAGCAAUCACAUGAUGUCUACGCCACCAGGUCGCAGGACUCAAUCUGGGCGUACUCUAGACGGCAAUAUUUUCCUUCCAUGCCCAAACCUAUGCAAUCCUUGUCAGAGUAUGCUCAAUUUGCACUGGUUUUCGGGACCAAAUGUCAAAUCUGUGCUGAACCAUCGUCUGCUAUCGGAACGACAACGUCUAGCUCAUGGAUAGUCGGUCCUGAAUCAGGUGAUAUUCGUGCCGUAUGGCCAUUCAGGUUACGUGCAUGCAAAGACUGUAUAUUAAGAAAACUGCGGAAGGAUGCAGAAGUCUUGCUUUCUGACGCUUCACCACUACUUCCGGGAUUGCCCUUUGCUUUGUUCGACCAGUUUAUGAAUUACAUACCUCACACGCUCGUGCGCGAAUCUGUUCCUUUAGGCCUUACUCCGCAAAAAUACUACCUUAUCUCAGACAUUGAGAGUUUCCAAGAGGAAUUGCGCGAAGCACGGUCACUCGCCCUUGCCGCGGCGGAGGAGUGGCUCAAAGGCCUCUCGGACAAGGGACGCGCUUCCCAGGCCGAUGCUGCUCGUUUCGAAAAUUGGGAGCGUGCUGGAGGACUUGCUGAUGCUAGACGUGUGUUUGCUGGCCUCAAUGACGGCCUUGUGCAUCGGACGUCUUCUUCGACUUUCAACGAUUUGACUGGUAGGCCUAUAUUGUCUCAUGCACCAGGUUUCCGCGGUCAUCCCAUACCCUCUGCUCUACCUCCGUUACCUAUCUAUGCUGCUGCACCUGGAAUGGAUCCCCCUUUUAAAGUCAUGCAACCUCGAUCGGAUUCCAUUUCGAUGACUUCGCAAACAAGUUCGGGAAGUAACAGAGCGUCAAAAACCCAUCACGAACGUGCACGGAUACGAGCACACAAGAGAGCGGAUAUCAUACAGCGCUGCUCUGCCUUGAAUCCUCCUAUCACGAAAGAUAUGCUGGAAAGACUUGAAGCUUUUGACGCUUCUCUCAAAAUAGCUAUGCCAUUGAAUGAAAAUUCUUGGGAAACACUGAAGGAUCGUCUGUUUCAUCAGAGACGCCAAGUCGUGCUAGAAAACGAGGCGAAAAACGCAGUCAGGACCGCAUCUACUCCAGGCAUAUACGAGCCGCCUGUUCGUACUGAUGAGUAUCUGCUUGCCCAUGCAGACACUCCCAGGAGGGAGAGAUUGUGCCAGAUCGCUGAGGAAUUCAUCAAACAAAAAUGGGCACACGGUGGUUGGGUCACCUAUCCACAUGCUCCUCGCUUCGCUGCUGAAGUUCUGGUCCGUACGAGGCAAGCCUAUAUCGACGAGCAAUCUCGUAUCGAGCGAGUGCAGACUGGUAAUGGUUUCAUGAGCCUAACAAUGUCCAGUGAUAAGAGCCUGAAGCUAGAGGAUAUGAAAUGGGUCUUUGAACAAAAUAUCAAACCUCGAACGGAGCAGAUACGUAAGGAGCUGUUCUUAUGUCCGGUUUGCCCAACCACUCCAAGUAUCAAGUACUUUGCUUUCGAAUCCGUUAUCCAACAUUAUGCUUCGAAGCAUACCACCGCUUUCAGCAAUGGUUCGAAGGUGGUCACUUGGCAAGCGCUUUGGCCCGAUUUCCCACCUUUCCACGUUCAUCCAGAAAGGAUACACACGCCCGAACCAAGCGUAACACAUACACCAAACCUAACAUGCCAGCCUUUGUCCGUGGUGUCUGCAGGCUCCUUGCUAACUUCUACUGUGCCUUCCGCGGGCUGGCGCUCACCCGACACGAUGAGCCUGGUCAGCAACACAACAUAUACGUUCUCAGUUUCCGGUCAGCCGUCUAAGGUGCACAACUUAGGGUCUAUGGCUCCAGGUGUGGGUAUGUAUGAACUUCAACGGGACGAACUUUCCUCCGGUCUCCUCCAGGGCUGGACUGCCUUUCCAAGCACGGUUCAUGUUCCAUCUAGCUUACGGCUCUUCGUGGCCAUCGCGCUUGCUGUUUCGACAUUUAGCAAGAAAUACAGCAACUCACCCGCUCUGGAUCUAUUCAGGGAUUGCGUUGACCUCAAACCUGACUUAAAAGUGCUAAAAGAUAUUGAAGGCCUACGAUGCGUAGAGUGUCGCGUACAGAGAAAGUCGGAAGCUCGAGCAAAUUGGGAUCUGAUAGAUCUGAUCAUCCAUUUCAGCAAAGCUCACGAGAACAAUCGUGCUAGUCCUAAGGUGGAUUGGAAGCACGAUAUGAUAGCCCUACCGGAGCCGGCUUUCAUUAAAAUUAUGCAGGUCCGUGGAGACCUGCCUUCAGUUCUACGACCACUGCUCGAAGAGGCCUUUCGGACAUCAACAAUACAAGACGUGCAUACUUCCCAUCCAACCAGCGGCUUCAAUGUCCGACCGGAGAGGACGGAAGAAGAGAACCCCAGCAUGCUUUAUCAAUCUCGUAGCGCAUCUCAUUCUGAUGAUCUUCGCAAUGAUUUCGAGAGAGCACAGCCCCGCUACAUAGCAGAUAGGCCUGGCACUGCAUCAAUGGUGGCUGUCUAUGACGAUAGGAGCACUGCGUUUGACUCGGCCUCAUCCUCCUCGAGAACUGUCGUGGGCGAUAUGCUUUUCCAGAAUAAUUAUCAACAGCCGAGCUCGCAAAUCCAUUCACAGACUCAUUAUAUACCUGGACGUCUACAUUCUGCAUCGUCACACGCUUCCUUCCAAGGAGAGGAUCUAGACAUGCCUACAGCGGAGGCUAUGACCAGGACUAAUACUGUCAGAUCGUAUCGCAGUAGGAGUGAUUGCCGACCAGCUGAUGCGGCUGAAGACUUUCUAAGUGCUCUUGAUGCUCAUGUGGACACGGAAAUGGCAGAAUCUAGUGUUGUGCUCUCUCAAAGUGCUCGAACACCACGACCUGCCUCAAGAUCUAAUGACGUUGUCAAACCUAACGACAUUACCGGUCAACGACAACCAUCCAACCACGUCAUACGUCCCAGAACCACAACCGUGGUACCUGUGCCUGAACGUUUUGUACAGUCCUUUAGCAGGGCUCAUUACCCUGAUCCUGUGCCACUACACGGUCGAGUUGCGACAACGACGUGGCCCCGUGAUGAUGCUAGGACGAUCGCGGAGCCCAUAGCACGGCAGCGUUCGAACGUAAUAGAGUUCGACCAAUACGGAGAUCCUGUCAUCAACUCUGGUAUAGUGUUCCAACAGGUAUCGUCACCGCGAGGUGUUGUCACACGACAAUACAUACCCAUCUAUGACCAGCCAACAACAACUUCGCCUGUUGAUGGUCGUGGCCACACAGCAGAACUACGAUAUCGAAACCAAGAGGAAAUAAGACACAUUGACGACCGCGUACAUCCACGUUACCACUAUCCACCAGUCAACCACAUAGCUCGUCCGGGUCACUAUCUGGAGCGGCUAUAUGACCCAUACACGGGCCGAUACUAUGUAUCGGAACGUCCUCAGGUUCAAACAUAUGCCGAAAUCGAGGACGUGAAUCCGCGAGGUCCCAUAUAUUACGAUGAACACGGCAGGCUCGUCAAUCAUCGUGAUGCCGAAGUAAGACAUUCAGGAGAUGAACCAGCUUACCACAGAUAUACCAUGGACCAUGAUGCUCAGACUCAUUCGGGCAGGUAG